UAUUUGAGCGAGACAGUUCAACUGUUUCUGAACGCAUGUGUCAUGUAUCAGUUCGGAUCAAUUAGACCAAUUUGCCAUCAAUCAAAGAUGGUCAAUAACUCCGAUAACACUUUUAUCUUUAACUCAUUAAUAAUUUGAGUCAGUUCGCGUUUUCAAACAGCAGUUUAGCUUGAAAUACGAACAAGAAACACAGAGGCAUGAACAUUGUCUGAUGUCCAAAACACAACCACGGAGCAAGUCGAAACAUGCCCACCACGACAAGUCUCGGCGAGAUACCAUUGAUCGCCCCUCGGCCACUAUAAAAGCUGACCGGCUCGCUGAGUAAGAUCAGUCUACACACAAGUCACUCGCUAGCAGUUGGAAGGCGUUGGUAUAUCUAAAACGGCAUUAAAUAGCACCGGAGAAAUAAAAAACAACAACUAAAUAUCUACUGUCAUCAUUCAAAAAAGGUUCAACAUGGCUUUGCUUCCUCCUGGUGGACUUCCGGAGAUUGUUUUCUCCUUUGACACUACUGGCUCCAUGUGCGACUGUCUCGCCGAAGUCAGAGGUCGACUCCAGGACAUGAUACAGCGGCUCCAGGCUGACAUCCCCGCCGUCAGAAUCGCCGUCUUCGCACACGGUGACUACUGCACCAAAUCCACAUAUGUCACAAAAUGGAUCGACUUCUCCACUGACGUCAAAGGGCUCUGCGACUUCGUCAUGAACGUUGAAGAUACAGGAGGCGAUUACGACUACGGCGAGUGUUACGAGCUUGUUCUCCGACAAGUGAGGGAGGAGUUGUCAUGGACACCAGGAUCUAACCGUGUUCUCGUCGUCGUCGGGGACGACAAGCCCCACGAACCAAACUUCAAAGCCAAUAAACUAAAAAUAGACUGGCAAACGGAGACACAAACUCUGAAUGAAAUGGGAGUAAAAAUCUAUGGAGUUCAGUGCGACACGAACAAUACGACGUUCUACGAAACCAUUUCCAACAAAACAGGAGGUCGGCAUCUUAAAUUGGAAAACUUUACAAACAUCUUUGACUUCCUUAUGGCCAUCUGCUACAGGGAACAGGGGGCAGAGAUUCUUCAUGUGUACGAGAAAGAGGUUAGAGCCCGUUGCGCUGAUGGUGCCCUCAGCAAAGACAUGGAAGGAAUGUUUACAUCCCUACGUGAUGGAAUUGUCUCCCCUUCUCAACCAAAGACAGCGAUUACAAUCAGUGCCGCUAAGAAAGAUGUGAAGGUUCCCACCUUGACGAAAAUAACAUCCAUCCAAAGAGUCAGAAAGGCCAAACCUAAAUCCAUCAGAAAGCCAAGAAAGAAAUCGUUCAAGAAAUCAACAAAGUUUGUGACACCUCUUCUGAGAAGAGAGGAAGUUUUUGAGAACAACUUCAGCUUGAGAAACAUGGACUGGUCACCGUGGGUCAAAGUUGUCUCCCCUGACGUUCCACUCAAACAGGAUGCACAAUGGGAAAAAAGACGGGGUGCCAACCCUGGAUUCAGAAAGAAGACAAUCUUCAAGUCUGAGAACAAUAAGCCAGCUCUCUAUGAGAUCGGUGUUCAGUCCAUCCGGUACGCACGAAGGUGUGUGGUAUUCAGUAAAUUCUGUCACUAUAUUCCCGAUAAUGUUAAUUGGGAAACACGGCUUCUUGGAAACAAAAUUGUCAGAGCUCAGGUGAACAACGUUGUGUCUCAGGACUGCAGUGUCUAUGUGCGGAGGGUGGUGCAUAGAAGAGCAUUAAACCACGUCAAAACAGCCUCCAUGAUAAAGUCCUAUGACUACGCAUGGAGGCGUCUGAGGAGAUCACGAUCAACUGCUCGACAUGUGUUCAAACAAGGCAGCACAAUUUCAUCAGACAAAGUAUAGAAUGUUUCUGAACAUUGACACACAUUCUUUGAUAUAUGCUAACAGAUACAGAGAUAUGGACGUUUUUCUAACAUGCCAUAUAUCAAAGGACACUCUGGAAAACACUGGCACAUAAGAGGCCAAAUUCAUAAGUAUAUAACUUUAAAAAAACAUCGAGAUCGAAUCUCAUAUCAUACAACUUGCCAGAUAUUUUAUGUGAAUGAGAGGGCAUGAUGUGUCAUUAAAGUGCGUGACUGAGAAUGUGUGUGCUCUACCGAAUGAUGGACAGAUGAACGUUAUUUUCUGUUAUGUGAAACGCUGUAUAUAUUUGAUUGUUCAUAUUACGAUGUAUAUAUAUUCAUAUCAUUCAUUGACCUACAAUCUAUACUUCAUUUUAACAUGUGCAAUAUCAGAAUAGGAAUGAAUAAAACAAACUAAAAAGACUUGCAUAUACUUUUUUUUCUUUGAAAAUGUCUACUU